GUUCACUAAUCCGUUUUCAAGAAGAAGAAGAAGAAAUGCACAACAAAACGAGAGCUGAGAGCGCGUAGUCACAUUCGCUGCUCACGCCAUCCACCAAUAAUGGAGGCUGUCAACCAAAGCAGACAAAUGGUCUCCCAGCAUCACGCCAUGACAAAGACCAGGCCCAUAGCCUAGGCCGGCCGGCCUGCUGGCAUGUCCCUGUCCGUGUCUCACUCACUCCUAACCGUAUCAUCCGUGUCUCGUCCUUGCCUCGCAUUCUUCUCCAUCACAACGCCAUCACCAAGAAAACCAACAUCACACAAGCCUCGUAGGUUCGUUCACCAUGGCAUCCUCCUCGACCCAGGCACCACCGCUCCUCCUCCCAUCCAUCACGCUGUCCCUCCUCCUGCUGCUGCUGCUGCUCGUCGCUUCCCCGCGCGGCGCCGCGGCGGCGCCCAACACGGAGGCGCUGUCGGUGCUGUGCAACGGCGCGACGUACGGCGCCGGGGACCCCUUCGCGGCGAGCCUGGCGUACGUGCUAUCGGAGCUGGUGUCCGAGACGCCGGCGGCCCACGGCGGCUUCUACGACAUCUCCCCGUACCCGGCAGCCUUCGCGUACGGGCACGCCGCGUGCCGCCCGUCGACGGCCGCGGCGGACUGCGCGGCGUGCCUCCGCUCCGCCGUGAGCCAGAUGGGCGCCACCUGCGGGCGCAGCGUCGGCGCCAGGGCCGUGCUCGUCGACUGCAGCGUGCGCUACGAGCAGUACCCGUUCGUGGAUUAGCUGAUCAUCACCCGCGGCGCUGCAGGUUGUGUUGGUAGGUGCCCUGCUAUGGCUUGGAGGUGGCGAUCCCUUGCCGUCGCCGAUUUCUUCUUCCAUUCGUUCGUGUCCCAAAAAUCCAGUGGGCGAACAAUUUAUUCUGUGAUUUUGUCCUUCCUCUGAACGCUUGUAAACUCGCUCGUUGCCCACAAGAAUGUACUGCAUGUUCAAUUCGCGCGAAUGUGGUGGUUAUCCAUGCAUUUGUGUGCAAUUUGCAAAACUCUGUGAAAAUUAUACAAAAUAAAUCAAACUGGGUUUUUUCCA